AUUGGUGCAUACACCUUAUGACAUCACUACAGUCCCUGGAUCAAAUCCAGGCUGUAUCACAUCCGGCCAUGAUUGGGAGUCCCCAUAGGGCAUCGUCCGGUGUUGUCCGGGGUAGGCCGUCAUUGUAAAUAAGUCUUUGUUCUGACUUGCCUGGUUAAAAAAUAAAGCGUAAUGAAAUACGUCACGGUGUAAACGGGGCAGGCUCGCUGACAAACGCGGAACUAGUAGAGGAUUCACGUGAUUGUCAGUCGGACAUAUUUCCCCAGCGGACAACUUGUCUGGACUGCUACGAUGUAUUCAGCAGGAACAGAGAGUUUGAUCAAACAAGCCAGGGAGAUCGGGGAGGAGGAGCUACAGAAGUUCUACUGCAGGAUCACCAAGCAGCUGAUGGGGAAAGAACACGGCCAUGAUGUCAUCGACUCACUCCAGAGACUACACCUGAUCAUGGCCUCAACCAAGUACACCAGGAGGCUGCCAGUGGAGCUGCAUGACCGUCUGCUGUCGCUUUGUGUGUCUUCCUCUGUGGAGCAGCUGACUGUGUUGACCUCGGCAGUACUCAGAGAAACACUGCCCCCCUCUGGUCCGGAGCAGAUCUACACCCUACAUGACCACAGCCCUUUACCCAGUCAUACUGCUGCUUUAAUGCUGUCACAGGCAGAGUCUAAAGAAGACCUGUCAGCUCUCUCCUCUCUCCUCCUUCGAAGUUUGGAGGGACGACCAGCAGGCAUACUCUCUCACCUUCACACUCUGCCUCUUCUCAACACCAUCAUCACCUACUGCCCAGAGAGCCUUACUGAAGAUCAUGUGACCCUGCUCAGUAAGAGGCUUGUCGAUUGGCUGCGCUACGCCAGUGUUCAGCAGGGAGGUGUGGCUUCGUCAGGAGGGUUUUUCACUGGCCCUCGAAUACGUCAGCCGGGGCCGGUGGUGGAGCUGGACGGCUGUGUGUGUGGUGAUUUCUUCACAGUGCUGUGUGUCAGCCAAGCCUUCUCAGACGACCAAUGGAUGAACCUAUACAGUUUCUCUCUGCUACGCCAUUGGCUGAUCACAUACCACAAUGUAACUGAUGGCAACAACAGCACAGACGCAGAUGACAGGUCGGAGGUGGACGGCUCUGUGGUUUCCAUGGUAUCAGCCACAUCGUCCUCCAGCAGACUCCUUCCUCCUAAAGAACGUCUGAGAGAGAAGAGUUUCCAGUACUGCCAACGCCUCAUAGAACAGAGUGACCGCAAGGCGCUGAAGAGAACAGACACAGAGCUACAGAAAGCAUGCCUGGUGGAGGCAGUGCGUAUCCUGGACGGUGUGUGUGUGGAGGACGCAGGGUGUGUGUAUCGUGCGUUCCCGUGUGUUAAGUCACUGUUCGGCCGUCUGAACUCUGACCUGUCCUGCAGCAGAGUCCUCCUGCCCAUCGCUCAGUUCUACCUGAACCACGGGGAGACUGCAGCGGUGGACAGUGAGUGUGUGUGGAGGUGUGUGUUUGGUGUUCUCCCAGCAGAGUGUUUCAACGACCCCUAUCUGGCCCACGAGACGCUGUCCUUCAUCAGAGCCAAUCAGCUGCAGCUCCACUCCUCUGUACCACUGUACACACACUACUUCCCGAGCCUGCUCAAGUUCCUAGCGUGGGACAGUCCAGGCCUGGUAUCUGACUAUGUGGAUGUGCUGCCCUCUCUGGUCACGGCUGGGACUGCAGUUGAGCUGCUGCACUCUCUACUGGACUUGCCCUGUCUCACUGCUGCUCUCACCCUGCAGCUCAGGUCUGCAUGCUUCCCUGUGUCUGAGCCAGGGGGGCGUGGUCUGUCAUCGCUGGAAGCUUUCCGAAGCCCCGCCCAUAGAGGCCUCUUCCUGUUCCUGUUGAGAGGGGAGGCAGGGUCUGGUGAUACCAUGGACAGACUGAGUGUGCUCCAUGACCUGCUGAUGGAGGCAGCUGAUUGGUCCAGAGUCAUCCAAUCAGCUCAAAGUGUUCCAGUGCUGCUGCACGUCUACUUCAACACAGUUACCACGGUAUCAGAUGAGAGGUUGCUGGCCCAGCUGGUGUUGGUGCUGUUGGAGAGAAGCAGUCUGUUGCUCAACAUCCCCAAAUACACUGCAGAGAUACACCGAGUUUUUAGCCACCACUUGUUGAAGCUGUGUAAGCUCCACCCCUCUCUGGUUGUGGACCAAUCACGGGAGCUGCUGGAGUUUGCUGGAACCACCACUAACAUCCACAGCAAAGAAGACCUGUACACACAUGUGGUGUGGGUGCUAGGUGAGUACCUGUCAGUGUCAUUUGACUCUCGGUGUUCCGUGGAUCUGGUUACUUCCUGUUUCGAGGCAUUGGAGGCAGUCCUCUUCGAGAUCACUUCCUCUGGAAGCCCCUCCCCCAGGGUGGUUACCUCCUUACUGAGCGCGCUCGCUAAACUGGCUUCCCGUUCCCACGACCUCAUACCCAGGGUUUCUCUGUUCCUCUCUAAGCUUCGUAGCGGAGCAGUCUCCUGGUGUGGCAGUGAGGAGGAUGUUGUCGCCGUCGUGACCAGAGGGGAGGAGUUAUGGUCGCUGCUGAAACUUCCGAGCGUGGCGCUGAGUGUUCUAACCCCGCCUUCCCUCGCCACCUCCCCCCGCUGGCACCGAGACGCCAACGCAACGCUGCCACCUCGACUCAGAACACUGACUGGCCUCACACACACACACGCUAAAAUAUAAUCACACAUAGACCUUAAAUCGGUUAUGUUCAGUAAAUGUACUGUAUGUUGUUAUUAUACAGUGAGGGCCAAAAGUAUUGGGACAGUGACAUUUUUGUUGUUGUUGUGCACAACAUGAUCUGAAACACAACCAAAACAAACAGGAAAUACAUCCAACACGUUUGUAGAGUUACAAGCUUGAUGUAGUUAUUGAGGAAUAUGGGACCAAAUACUAAAUGUUUGACUGAUGUACGACACAAGUUCAUUUUCCCCAAUGCUUUUGGUCCCCUAAAAUGGGGGGGAUGUACUAAACAAUGCUGUAAUUUCUAAAUGUUUCACCUGAUAUGGACGGGAAUAGCCUCAAAUUAAAGCUGACAUUCUGCACUUUAA